GGAGCCACUAACCCAAGCCGCAUGGAGGACCCCGGGGCACCCGGGGCCGGCUGCCCGCCAGCCAACGGCAACGGUAACGGCAACGGCAACGGUGGCGGCAAAGGGAAACCAGCGGCGCCCAAAGGCCGGGAGGCGUUCAGAAACCAGCGGCGGGAGUCGGAGGGCUCUGUGGACUGCCCCACUCUGGAAUUUGAGUAUGGCGAUGCAGAUGGACAUGCAGCAGAGUUGUCAGAAUUGUAUAGCUACACUGAGAACCUGGAAUUUACCACUAACAGGAGGUGCUUUGAAGAAGAUUUCAAGACUCAAGUACAAGGCAAGGAGUGGCUGGAAUUGGAAGAAGAUGCUCAAAAAGCCUAUGUAAUGGGACUCCUGGACCGGCUAGAGGUGAUCAGUAGGGAGCAGCGACUGAAGGUAGCCAGGGCUGUUCUCUACCUGGCUCAAGGCACUUUUGGAGAAUGUGAUUCAGAGGUCGAUGUGCUACACUGGUCCAGGUACAACUGCUUCCUGCUCUAUCAGAUGGGGACCUUCUCAGCCUUCCUGGAGCUACUCCACAUGGAAAUCGACAACAGCCAGGCUUGUAGCAGUGCUCUUCGGAAACCAGCCAUCUCUAUUGCUGAUAGCACAGAACUCCGGGUGCUGCUGAGUGUCAUGUACCUCAUGGUGGAAAAUAUCCGCCUGGAGCGAGAGACAGACUCCUGCGGGUGGAGAACAGCUCGGGAGACCUUCCGCACUGAAUUAAGCUUCUCCAUGCAUAAUGAGGAACCUUUUGCCCUUCUGCUCUUCUCCAUGGUUACCAAGUUCUGCAGUGGCCUAGCCCCGCAUUUCCCUAUAAAGAAGGUCCUGCUUCUGCUCUGGAAGGUGGUCAUGUUUACCCUCGGUGGAUUUGAACAUCUGCAGGCUCUCAAAGUGAAGAAGCGGGCAGAAUUGGGCUUGCCUCCUCUGGCUGAGGACAGUAUCCAGGUGGUGAAGAGCAUGCGUGCUGCCUCCCCACCCUCUUACACUCUUGACCUGGGGGAGUCUCAGCUGGCACCACCACCCUCCAAGCUACGAGGCCGCCGUGGUUCUCGAAGGCAACUCCUCACUAAGCAAGACAGUCUGGACAUCUACAAUGAAAGAGAUCUCUUUAAGACUGAGGAACCCACCACAGAGGAGGAAGAGGAGUCUGCUGGCGAUGGAGAAAGAACUUUGGAUGGAGAGUUGGACCUGCUAGAGCAGGACCCUCUGGUGCCACCUCCACCAUCUCAGGCGCCCCUCUGUGCUGAGCGGGUGGCCUUUCCCAAAGGCCUACCCUGGGCGCCAAAGGUCAGACAGAAGGACAUUGAACAUUUCUUGGAGAUAAGCAGGAACAAGUUCAUCGGAUUCACUCUGGGCCAGGACACAGAUACCUUGGUUGGAUUACCCAGGCCUAUCCAUGAGAGUGUGAAGACCCUAAAGCAGCAUAAGUACAUCUCCAUCGCAGAUGUUCAGAUCAAGAAUGAGGAGGAACUGGAGAAGUGCCCGAUGUCUUUGGGGGAAGAAGUCGUGCCAGAGACACCAUGUGAAAUCCUCUACCAGGGCAUGCUCUAUAGCCUCCCUCAGUACAUGAUUGCUCUUCUUAAAAUUUUGCUGGCUGCAGCCCCCACCUCCAAAGCUAAGACAGACUCUAUCAACAUCCUGGCAGAUGUCCUGCCUGAGGAGAUGCCCAUCACUGUUCUCCAGAGCAUGAAACUGGGCAUUGAUGUGAACAGACACAAGGAGAUCAUUGUGAAGAGUAUCUCUGCCUUGCUCUUGCUACUCCUCAAACACUUCAAACUGAACCAUGUGUACCAGUUUGAAUAUGUAUCACAGCAUUUGGUAUUCGCCAACUGCAUUCCAUUGAUCUUGAAGUUCUUCAAUCAAAAUAUCUUGUCUUAUAUCACUGCCAAAAACAGCAUCUCGGUCCUGGAUUAUCCUGGCUGCACCAUCCAGGAUUUGCCAGAGCUUACUACAGAGAGUCUGGAAGCCGGAGACAACAACCAGUUCUGCUGGAGGAACCUCUUUUCCUGCAUCAACCUCCUGAGACUACUCAAUAAACUAACCAAAUGGAAGCAUUCUAGAACCAUGAUGUUGGUGGUGUUUAAAUCAGCUCCGAUCUUAAAGCGGGCCCUCAAGGUCAAACAGGCAAUGCUACAACUUUAUGUCCUGAAACUACUAAAGAUACAGACCAAGUACCUGGGACGGCAGUGGAGGAAAAGCAACAUGAAAACCAUGUCGGCCAUUUACCAGAAAGUGCGCCACCGUAUGAAUGAUGACUGGGCUUACGGGAAUGACAUCGAUGCCAGGCCGUGGGAUUUCCAAGCAGAAGAAUGCACCUUGAGAGCCAACAUCGAGGCUUUCAACAACCGCCGGUAUGACAGACCCCAGGACUCUGAAUUUGCACCGGUAGAUAACUGCUUGCAGAGUGUGCUAGGGCAGAGGUUGGAUCUGCCUGAGGACUUCCACUAUUCGUAUGAGCUCUGGCUAGAAAGGGAAGUAUUUUCACAGCCCAUCUGUUGGGAGGAGCUUCUCCAGAAUCACUGACUGAACUCCUGUUAACCAAACAUCCGCUAGACGGGGGUUGGCUCCAAUAAAUGGUGCUCUGCCUGUUCUGCCCUUUCAGCCUUUGUUUCCGAGUGCCUGUCCAGGACAGAGUGGGCCCAACCCCAGAAACAUGAACAUGAACUUCGGGGCCAUUCUGGAGGCUCUUGGGCCUGGAGAUAGUGUAAGCCUAGGAUCUUGAGUCACAACAUAUUUAUCAGUUUGCCCUGGGGUCAGUUUGGUAUCCAGUUGGCCUUGGAAAUCUGUUGUAUCUAUCUUGGACUUAGCUUGUGUAGGACCACUUCUUGCUUUUGUCUUGUCUAGAAUCUAUGCUGACCCCAAGAGUGAGAAUAAGUUUAUCAUGGCAUUUGAUCCAUGGCAUUAAUCAUGGGUGGUGUGGGUCAUAAAAUAGACCUCAUGCUGUCCCUGGAUUCCUAGAACUUAUCAGGGUUUGGCAACCAACUUGGAAAUUAAGUCUGUACUUUAAAUUCAAAAUUUUGACACUUAGCCUCUUUCUAUAAUCACAUAGAGCACCUGUGAAGGGUGAUGAUUACUGUUACCUGAAUACUGCAUGUUAGAGAAAGGCAAACUGUGUCAAGUGUUUUUUCUUUAUUCCCCACGAGAUCUUGGUUCAAUGCGAAAAUGACUUCCUUGUGUACUCUGUGCAGGCAUGGAGGAUUCUGCCACAACAAAUAUGGAGCAGUCAAGCCUCCUCUAAGGAUAUGUCAUGUUUUUCUGAAACUAUUUCAGUCUUAAAACGACUCAGUGCGCUACAGAAAAUUAUCCUUUUCACUCAAUUCAUUUUUUAAAUGACAAGUUAACUACCGGAGGUUUUGUUUCUUGAGAUGGCAUUUGUGCUCAUGAUCAACUCAUUUUGUAAUUGAAUAGAACACCAAGAGCAUCACAGCUUACCAUUUUUCUUCUCUUGUGUUGACUAAUGAUUUUUUUCCUUUUUACUACUAAUGGUUUCAGAGUGUCAUGUGGCGCUUUAGCAACCACUGUUUCCACCUAAAAGUACUGAAAACAAAAGCCCCGAAGUACCAACCGCUAAACUCUUUUACAGUAGGAUCAUGUACUUUCCCACAGAAACAAGGUUUUUAGAAGUUUGUCUUCUGGCCCCACAGUUAUGGCAUCUAUGUUUUUUAGUAGCCCUACCCCCCCUGCCACAGAAUCUUUAAUUAUUACCAGAGGUCUCAUCAAAAUUGGCUUAUUUAUUCUGUCCUUUGUCAGCCAGUCUCAUCUGGAAUCAUUAUAGAGUCACUAAAAUAUCCACAGGAACUAUACCACAGCUCUAAUAUGUAAAGCGUGGACUUCACCUCUGUGAUUUCAGGUAGGAGGAUUUCUGUCUUGAUGGAAAGAAAGGUCAUGAAGAGUGUGUGUAUAUAGUAGAUAAAACUUGUUAAAAUAUUUUGUAGAUUUUACCUGAGUAGAAAAUUAGUCCUUGUUACAAGCAAAGUAAUUUGCCGAGCAGAUCACCUGUAAGCCCUAUUUAUCUAUAAUUUUAAUGUAAAUGAAAAGACAGUUUUCAAGGGAUAAGCAAUCAUCAGUUUAUUUAUC